AUGGCCGUUGCACAAAGACUACUCAUCACUAUGUCCUACGGAGACAGAAUUCACUGGACGUUGCCUGUUUUCCUUCUGCUGGGUUUUGUGGGAGACUUUGUUUUGUCAUACCCUAUACCCUAUAUACCCUACAGGGCUAAUGGAACAUUACAGGAAAGGACAUGGGAAUCGUUGUUCUCCAGGUCAAUUGGAAUGUCUUCCGACAAAUUGGAUGCAAAGUGGAAGAGCGAUUAUUUGCAGGGAAUUAAGAGGCAACGGAGGCUUUACUGCAACGUCGGAAUUGGGUUUCACCUGCAGGUCCUCCCAGAUGGAAGGAUAAAUGGCGUACACAGUGAAAGUCCAUAUAGUCUCUUAGAAAUUUCAACAGUAGAACGAGGGGUUAUAAGCUUGUUUGGUGUGAAAACAAACCUUUUCGUAGCAAUGAACAGCAAAGGAAGAGUGUACGCUUCGCCAACCUUUCAGGACGAUUGCAAGUUUAAGGAAAUUCUGCUAUCCAACAACUAUAAUGCCUACGAGUCCAAAAUGUAUCAAGGUGCCUAUCUCGGAUUAAGUAAACACGGAAGAAUCAAAAGAGGAACCAAAAUUUCUCCGGCCAUGACAGUCACACAUUUUCUUCCUCGAAUAUGACAUGAAUCAGGCCAAAUGUGUCUUGUAAUUUUGCACAUGUGAAUAAUCUCCCAGGUAAAAUAUUUAUACAGUAGCAGAAUAUAUGUAUAUUUGGAUGGAGAUAUUUCUACCGGAUCACCACACCCCGUACCAAUGUGUAGUCUGCUUACCGGGCUAUAAACACACAAGUUACCGUAAAAGACAAAAGAAAAAAUAAAAUAAAGAUAAAUGUGCUAUAUUUAGUACAGUAAGUUAAUUUAUCCCUGACGGAUAGAGGAUGCUAUUGGGAGCUUUGUGUUCCAAAGGACUUUUUACUAUUUUAUUUUCCGGUAGGAAAAAAAAUACUUUCAGUCUUUUCACCAAGUAUAUUAAAUACUUCCCAGACCUCGAAACUCAGCUUUUGGCACCAGUUGUUUUUUGCAUGUGUAUUAUUAUCUGUAACCUUUUUUUUUUUUUUUUUUUAAAGAAUGAAAUUUUAAAUCUGACAAUGUCUGUACAAAUAAUGUUUGAGAAUAAUGACUAUUUAAGGUAUAUAGCGUUAAUGCUCUUUUUUUUUUUCAUGCUUAAUAGUCAAAAGGGGUGAAAGAUUUUUUUUUUUGUUUGGAAUCUUUGCCUUGGAAUUGUGCACUGUUCGCAAUCGAAAUAGGAGAGUAAAGAAAAAAAAAACUGUCAUGAAGAUUUGGAAUAAUUUAUUUAGAAAAUAUCGAUAUUUAAAAUUUUAAUAUUUAUUAUUUUAAAUCAAAAAAUAAAUAAAAGAAGAAAAAAAUUAAAAUAAAUAAUAAAAAAUAUAUAGUAUAUCUAUAAAUAUUUGUCGAGGAAACCUGGGCAGUACUAGGCAGAUCCAUAGGAAUACUCCUAUUAUUUUUGAUCCAUAGGAAUACUCCAGGCAGAGGUUAAACAUGCUAAUAUGUACUGUGUGGAGCUUUUUCAGGCUCUGCGGGGGCGGUGCACAUGCAUAAUAAGAGAGAAUCCUUCUGUCUGGCACUGCCCCCACUGAACCUGCACAAAGCAUGACACAGUGUACCAAUUUUGUGUUUAUUAAACAUUGAAUCCUUUUCUAGUGUAUUUCUUUUUUUUUAUAGCUGUAAUUUUAUAUACUACAAUUAUUACAUUUUAUGGCAAUUUUGUAAACUGAGCAUAUAAGCCUUUGAAACCACUAAUAUAACCCCCACAGCUCACCAUUGUGGACUACAUAGGAGCCUUAAAGAAGGAAUAUGGUAGCUUGUAAUUUGCGUGUAGGGAAUGUAUGGCAGCUCUGUAUUGAGAUUUGUACUAAUAUGUGUAGUUACUCAUAGAAGUCCUUAAAGAGAGUGUCAUAAAGAUGUGCGGAGACUUAAAGACCAUAUAGGCUCUACUGGAAAUUUUGGGCGAAAAGGAUAUGCAAAGCCUUAAUGAGUUACUCUUAGACAGUGGUGCCCUGAAUAUGAAUGGUUUCUAUAAUAAUCCAAUAGU